UCUACUUUAGGCUAAUGUUAAUUUCUACUUGUAUACUAACACAUCAGUUACAAAUAAAGUUGAAUAAAUGAAUGUUUAUCAAUGUGUUACGAACAAACAUGAAUAACAAUAAACAUGUAAGUAUGUAUAGGCCUGUAUGUAUUUGAGCAAUGGCUUGUAUUGAGUUAUACUGGUAGAGCUUUGAUCUGAGACUGUUCUGUUCUGUUCUGUAUACUGUAACCCCCUCUUUCCACCAAACCUUAUCAAGUGUCGCUUUCAAAGAAGUAUUGUGUUGGCCAGAGUCUGCUCACCUCUAGCCAAUCCUGGUCCCUCUCCUCCUCCUUAUCACGUUUGCUUCAAUCAGGGUCAGGCUGGAGAAUGACUGAACAUCGAAAGUCCCACCCACUUUUGUUGGCUAUUAAACACAUGGAUUUGGAUAUGGAUCAAAACUUAGGAUAUCUGCUGGAAAAACCGAAUGCUUUGCAGUCUGACUGCACCAAAUUAAGACUGUAGAGUUGACCCUGUGAACGAUGGAUGAAGAUCUGAAAAAGCCGAACACUCACAAUGGGAGCAUCUCGGGUGCACUGGAAGCCAAAAACCAAGAUCAGCCAAAAGCAGCAGUUCUGCAGAAGAAUGUUGGUCUCGUAAGCGGCAUCUGUCUUAUAGUGGGAACAAUGAUUGGCUCAGGGAUUUUCGUUUCUCCCAAAGCGGUUCUGGAGGGGACUGGAGCAGUGGGCCCGUGUCUGUGUGUGUGGGCGGCAUGUGGAGUGCUGGCUACGAUGGGGGCCCUCUGUUAUGCUGAACUAGGCACAAUGAUCAUGAAGUCUGGUGGAGAGUAUCCGUACCUGAUGGAGGGUUUUGGGCCAGUGCUAGCAUACCUAUAUUCCUGGACCACGAUCAUCGUGCUGAAGCCUUCGUCAUUUGCCAUCAUUGCCCUGAGUUGUGCUGAAUAUGCCUCCACACCGUUUUACCCAGGGUGCACUCCUCCUCAAGUGGUUACCAAGUGUCUGGCUGCAGCUUGUAUCUUAAUAAUUACAGCCGUCAACUGUCUGAGUGUGAAGCUGGCCUACAGAGUGCAGAACUUUUUCACAACAGCCAAACUUUUGAUUAUUGUCAUCAUUGUGGUUUCAGGCAUCAUUCUGCUGGCUCAAGGCAAUACACAGAAUCUUAGAGACCCAUUUGCAGGGGCAACAACAUCAUUUGGAGCAAUUGGCCUUGCAUUUUACAAUGGACUAUGGGCUUAUGAUGGAUGGAAUCAGCUUAACUUCAUAACAGAAGAGCUGAAAAAUCCAUACAGAAACCUUCCCCUGGCAAUAAUUAUUGGGAUUCCCCUGGUUACUGUGUGCUAUAUAUUAGUCAACAUCGCAUAUUUCAGUGUCUUGACCCCUAUUGAAUUUCUGCAGUCUCCUGCCGUUGCUGUGACCUUUGGUGACAGAGUGCUGUACCCAUUAUCAUGGAUUGUGCCUUUAUUUGUGGUCUUUUCCACUUUUGGUGCAGCCAAUGGGAGCUGUUUCACCGCAGGCAGGUUGACAUAUGUAGCGGGACGGGAGGGCCACAUGGCUAGGAUCAUGUCAUACAUCAGUGUGAAACGUUACACACCUUCUCCAGCUCUAAUAUUUAAUGGCUUCCUGUCAAUCAUCUACAUCAUGCCAGCAGACAUAAACACUCUCAUUAAUUACUUCAGUUUUGCUCAGUGGGUUUUCUAUGGGCUCACAUGUCUUGCGCUCAUUGUUAUGCGAUUCACCAGGAAGGAUCUUCAGAGACCUGUCAAGGUGCCGAUAGUCAUCCCUGUUUUGGUGGUGAUUGUGUCCUGUUAUCUGGUUCUUGCUCCUAUCAUAGACAAGCCUGAGUGGGAAUACCUGUACUGCACAGUGUUCAUAGUCGGUGGUCUCCUCUUAUAUGUGCCCUUCAUUUACUACAAAUUCAACUGGACUCAGCGCAUCAUGAGGCCACUCACCAUGCAUCUUCAGCUGCUACUGGAAGUUGUUCCACCUGAAAAGACUGAGUGACAGACUUCACACUGGAGGACAGACACAGAUGUAAUAACCAGCAAUGGACAACAGACUGAUCCAUGAAAGAGUGGAUAAAGGGUUCUUAAAGGGAACGUGGAACGAUUUUUGUAUUUUUUUUAUUAUUGUUUCUAAUGCCUGAUGAUCCAUUGUUUGACAGGUAUUUCCUGAGUCACAGCAGUUUUUAUUUAAUUUUUUUUUUAUUUGUGUAUUAUGUGUUAUUAUAUGCACACUUGUUGUACAGAAUAGCAGUGAUAAGCUUAUUGAACUCAAAUUCAUGAAUUGUAAAGAAAUUAACUAUCCAGAGUAAAAUUAUUUUUCCUUGAA